AUGGCGAAACGGACACCCGUGUACUUUGUGUCUCAUGGGGGCCCGAAUACCAUGUAUGAGACCAAUCACCCGGUCUACCCGCAGCUGCAGCGGAUUGGCAAAGAAAUCACCGAAACAGUCAGGCCGGCAGCAGUGGUUGUCUUCUCGGCGCACUGGCAAGCCGACCGGCCCGGGACGAUCGAAGUCAACGUGGCCGAAGAGGAGCCGUUGAUCUACGACUUCUACGGCUUCCCGCGGCACUACUACGCCGAGAAAUUCCCCAACAAGGGAUCGCCCGAGGUCGCGCAGAAGGUCAUGGCCGCGCUGGGGGAGAACGGGAUCAAAACGCAAGGGGUCAAACGAGGACUGGACCACGGCGUCUUCGUCCCCUUCAAGAUCAUGUUCGACCCGGCAACAAACCCGCUCACCGUGCCCAUCGUGCAGGUGAGUCUGUUCGACGACGACACCGACGCCGCCGCGCACAUCCGACUCGGCCGGGCGGUGCAGAAGCUCCGCGACCAGAACAUUCUCGUGGUCGCCAGCGGCAUGUCGGUGCACAACCUGCGGCACAUGAUGAUGGCCAUGGGCACGGGCAAGACCAUGCCGUAUUCGGUGACCUUUGACGUCGCCCUCAAGGAGGCCGUGGAGACCAAGCCUGGCGAAGCCAGAGACGAACAGAUGGUCAAGUUACUGAAGCGCCCGGAUGCCAGACAGGCUCAUCCUACCUUUGAGCAUCUGCUGCCUAUCCACAUCGCCGUGGGUGCGGCCGGGGAAGACCCAGGGAAGCAGCUGUGGACAAUGGCUGACGGGAGUCUUGCUUGGGCGCAGUACAAGUUUGAAGCGGAGGAGGGAACCAGGGAGGAAGCGCAACGUCUGUAG